CGCGGUGGCCACUCCUCCGAUAGGGGCUGGUCUGUUCUGCAGUGAAAGAGGGCUUGACGUGCCCCCCUUGUAACAGAUUUACCCGAUUAUCACAAUCCAACUCAUUUUGAAGGAGCUGCAAGUCGCUUUUAAAUCGUCGCCCGCCCGUACACACAAGUAUGUAUCCAGUUGGAGGGAUCUCCGAAAGCAUAUACGCCAACAGGCUACGGGCAGAGGGCAUGGGCUCCAAAGAGCAGGCCGUGCACUUCUCCAACCAGGACUAUGAGGCACUGAAGCAGCAAUGUGUUGAGUCGGGCUGUCUGUUUGAAGACCCAUGUUACCCCGCUGAGCCUCCAUCCCUGGGCUUCAAGGAGCUCGCCCCUUAUUCCUCCAAAACUAGAGAUGUGGAGUGGAAAAGGCCCACGGAACUGACAGACGACCCUCAGUUUAUUGUGGGUGGUGCCACCAGAACGGACAUCUGCCAGGGAGCUCUGGGUGACUGCUGGCUCUUAGCGGCCAUCGGCUCUCUUACUCUGAAUGACAAGCUUCUUCAUCGGGUUGUUCCACAUGGGCAGUCUUUCCAAGAUGACUAUGCUGGAAUCUUUCACUUUCAGUUCUGGCAGUUCGGCGAAUGGGUGGACGUUGUGAUAGAUGACAGAUUGCCUGUCAAAGACGGGGAGCUGAUGUUUGUCCAUUCUGCUGAAGGCAAUGAAUUUUGGAGUGCACUACUGGAGAAGGCUUAUGCCAAGCUGAAUGGCUCCUACGAGGCUCUGUCUGGAGGUAGCACCACAGAAGGGUUUGAGGACUUUACGGGUGGUGUGUCUGAGAUGUACGAGCUCCGCAGCGCUCCCAGAGAUCUUCACAGGAUAAUCAGCAAGGCUCUGGAAAGAGGCUCGCUGCUGGGCUGCUCUAUUGAUAUCACCAGUGCCUUCGACAUGGAGGCUGUUACAUUCAAGAAGCUUGUGAAGGGUCACGCCUACUCAGUCACUGGAUUAAAGGAGGUUGAUUUUCGUGGCAACAUGGAACGUCUAAUCCGAGUACGUAACCCUUGGGGCCAGGUGGAGUGGACUGGUGCCUGGAGUGACAAUUCCCCUGAAUGGGAUGAGAUUGACCCUUCUGAAAGAGGAGACCUGCAUCUUCAGAUGGAAGAUGGGGAGUUUUGGAUGUCCUUCAAUGAGUUUAAGAGGCAGUUUUCUCGACUAGAGAUCUGUAACCUGACCCCUGAUGCUCUGAACGAUGACAGUCUCAGCCACUGGAACACCAUGAACUUUUACGGCUCGUGGAGGAGAGGCAGCACAGCUGGAGGCUGCAGAAACCAUCCCAACACAUUUUGGAUCAACCCUCAGUAUAAGAUCACGUUGCUAGAGGAGGAUGAUGACCCAGAAGACGAUGAGGUGGCAUGCAGUUUUUUAGUAGCUCUCAUGCAGAAGGACCGCCGCAGAUAUCGCCGCCAAGGUCAGGACAUGCACACCAUUGGCUUUGCUAUCUAUGAGAUUCCAGAAGAGUACAAAGGCUGCCAAAAUGUCCACUUGAAGAAAAAUUUCUUUUUGAGCCAUUCAUCGUGCGCUCGCUCAGAGACCUUCAUUAACCUGCGAGAGGUGAGCACACGGCUUCGUCUGCCUCCUGGAGAGUACCUCAUCGUCCCCUCCACCUUUGAGCCCAGCAAAGAGGCUGACUUUGUCCUCAGAGUCUUCACUGAGAAGCAAUCAGAAACAGAAGAACUGGAUGAUGAAAUAUCUGCCGAUUUCGGAGAAGAAGAAGAAAUAACUGAAGACGACAUUGAUGACUCUUUUAAGUCCAUGUUCGCUCAGCUCGCAGGAGACGACAUGGAGAUCUCUGUUCGGGAACUUCAGACCAUCUUAAACAGAGUCGUCACCCGGCACAAAGAUCUGAAGACCGAUGGCUUCAGUAUGGAAUCGUGUAGGACCAUGGUCAACCUGAUGGAUAAAGAUGGCAGUGCCCGUUUAGGAAUAGUGGAGUUUCAGAUCCUCUGGAACAAGAUACGAAAUUUGCUGGUCAUUUUUAGACAAUUUGACCUUGACAAGUCAGGAGCCAUGAGCUCAUACGAGAUGCGUCUCGCUGUGGAGGCAGCAGGUUUUAAACUGAAUAACAGAUUGAAUCAGAUUCUGGUCGCCCGGUAUGCAGAGAAUGAGAUGAUUGACUUUGACAACUUCAUCUGCUGCUUGGUCAAGCUUGAAUCCAUGUUCAGGUAUUUCCAGCAGUUUGACAAGGAGGGGUCAGGACAGGCUGAGAUGAAUAUCACAGAGUGGCUUUACCUGACAAUGUGUGGUUGAAGUGGACCAUCUUUACUGGAAGAGGGUAAAGUGCCUGCAGACUGCAAUAAACCUGUAGCCCUGAAGAUCCCUCAGCCUUAGUUGACCCGCUGAUCUUUUAACACAUCCCACCUCAAAGUACCUAGAGUAGCAAAAGAGCUGUGUAACAGAAAACCAAACCAACCCAGUUAAGUGUCUCCCGGCUAAAUUUGCUACGCGACUAUGCAAAACCUACAGUAUGAAGCAGUCACUGUGCCACGAAAACAAGGCCUCUCUGUAAAAACUGCAUGUGUUUGUGCACGACGAAAAUAAAUAGUUGUAACUUGCACUGUAAAUUGAUUUUACAGUCGUGGCCAAUAUCUAUCUACUAUGUCAUCUACUGGCUCCUUCAAAAUCCAGACCUCAAAAGCCUGACCUCACCUAAAAAGGUCAAUAUUUUCCAGGUAUUAUAAUAAUUCUGGCCCCGACUGUAUAUUUCUACAUUUUAGUUUUGCUAGCUGUAUGAAUGUCAACUUAUUAACAAACAUUAAUUUUUACCAUUUUUUGUUUUGAAAUCUCUAAGUAACACAAAAGAUAGAUGGAGGAAUAUGAAGAAGUCUUUUAAUGUAAGUUCUUAUAGUUUUACUGUUAUUUGAUUAUUUUACCUCUAGGUGGCGGUACAGACCUGCUCUAACGUCAGUGUUU